UCCCCGAGGGGCUCGGCUGAGGCGCAACAUGGCGGCGCUCGGCGGGCGCUGAGCGGGGCCCGGGCGGGAGCCGUGCACAGGCAGCGGCCAGGGAAGGAGGGAGGGAGAGAAAGAAUAAUCCGGAGAAUUGCGGAGAAAGGUGGCGGGGCCGUCUCGGGCGGCCCCGAGCGGCGGCCAUGGCCCAGUGCGUGCAGUCGGUGCAGGAGUUCAUCCAGGACUCGUUCGUGCCCUUGGUGGCCGCGCUGUGCAGCGAGGAGGCGGAGCGGCUCACCCGCAGGAACAACCUCAGCUUCGCCGAGCUCGUCAGGCCCUUCUGCCGCCUCACCUCGGAAGUUCACAUGAGAGAUCCUAAUAAUCAGCUUCACAUCAUUAAAAAUUUGAAGAUCGCUGUUAACAACAUCAUUACUCACCCACCUCAGCCCGGUGCUAUUCGGAAACUUUUGCACGAUGUUGUGUCUGUCAGUCAGCCUGCUGAAGGACUGGUAGCUAAUGUGAUCACAGCUGGAGAUUAUGAUCUCAACAUCAGUGAUCGCUCAGUUAAGGCUAGUGUUCCUUGGUACAGUAAUUGGAAAGAGACACUGAUGGAACUGAACACAUCCACCUUUUAUUCAGCUACUACUCCUUGGUUUGAGUCUUACAGAGAGUGCUUUCUUCAGUCCAUGCCUGCAUCUGAUCACGAAUUCUUAAACCACUAUGUUGCAUGUAUGCUGGUAGUUUCUUCUAGUGAACCUGACCCUGUGGAGCAGUUCCUGAAGCUGUCCCAAGAACAGCAUCGGAUUCAGCACAGUAGUGAAUACUCCUAUCCCAAGUGGUUUAUACCAAACACGCUCAAAUAUUAUGUGCUACUGCAUGAUGUAAGCACAGGAGAAGAGCAAAGAGCUGACUCCAUUUAUGAAGAGAUGAAACAGAGAUAUGGAACUCAGGGUUGCUAUUUGCUGAAAAUAAAUUCUCGGGUGUCUAACAGAGGAGCAGACGAACAGAUACCAGAUCCUUGGAGUCAGUACCUUCAGAAAAACACUAUCCAGAACCAGGAUUCCUAUGAAGAUUAUACUGUUUCAAACAAGAACACUGAUCAGUUGAUAUCAGAUGGCAUUGACAGUGAAAUUAAAGAUGGCUUGUCAAAUAACUUUAAGGCUCACCCCCUUCAGCUGGAUCAUCCCAGUGGCAGUUUGGAUAGCACUGAUUACAUGAAGGCUUCUACAUCACUUCAGGACUCAAAGAAGUCAAAUUCUGGGACACCUCAUGGUGCUUGUUUAACUCUCACAGAUCACGAUCGAAUUAGGCAGUUCAUACAGGAAUUCACAUUUCGGGGACUUUUGCCACACAUAGAGAAAACAAUUCGACAGCUCAAUGAUCAGUUAAUAUCCAGGAAAGGCUUGAGCCGAUCACUGUUUUCUGCUACUAAAAAAUGGUUUAGUGGCAGCAAGGUUCCAGAGAAAAGUAUAAAUGAGCUCAAGAAUACUUCUGGUUUGCUGUAUCCACCAGAAGCGCCCGAACUUCAAAUCCGGAAGAUGGCAGACUUGUGCUUUUUGGUGCAACACUAUGAACUUGCAUAUAGCUGUUACCAUACAGCAAAGAAGGACUUCUUAAAUGAUCAGGCAAUGCUUUAUGCAGCUGGAGCACUGGAAAUGGCAGCAGUGUCAGCUUUUCUUCAGCCUGGAGCUCCUAGGCCAUAUCCUGCUCAUUAUAUGGAGACAGCAAUUCAGACCUACCGAGAUAUCUGCAAGAACAUGGUUCUGGCUGAACGCUGUGUACUGCUUAGUGCUGAAAUCUUAAAAAGUCAAAGCAAAUAUUCAGAGGCAGCUGCUCUUCUGAUUCGUUUGACCAGUGAGGAUUCAGAUCUUCGCAGUGCACUCCUGUUGGAGCAGGCAGCCCAUUGUUUUAUAAACAUGAAAAGUCCCAUGGUUAGAAAGUUUGCAUUUCAUAUGAUAUUGGCUGGCCACAGAUUUAGUAAAGCAGGCCAGAAGAAACAUGCCUUACGUUGCUACUGUCAAGCCAUGCAGGUUUACAAAGGGAAGGGCUGGUCUCUUGCAGAAGACCACAUUAACUUCACCAUCGGUCGUCAGUCCUUUACGCUUCGUCAGCUGGACAACGCUGUGUCUGCCUUCAGGCAUAUUUUGAUCAAUGACAGUAAACAACCUCCAGCUCAGCAAGGAGCUUUUUUAAGAGAAUAUCUUUAUGUCUAUAAGAAUGCAACCCAGCUGUCACCUGAUGGUCCCUUACCACAGCUUCCUUUACCAUAUAUUAACAGCUCAGCAACUCGUGUUUUCUUUGGCCAUGAUCGACGACCAGCAGAAGGUGAGAAGCAGGCAGCUACGCACGUGAGCCUGGAUCAGGAGUAUGACUCAGAAUCAUCCCAACAGUGGAAGGAGCUCGAGGAGCAGGUGGUGUCUGUGAUAAAUAAAGGAACAAUACCUUCAAACUUUCAACCUACACAGUUCUGUUUAAAUCGCUACUCAGAUAACUCCAAAUUUCCGCUUGCUGUGAUAGAAGAACCAAUAACUGUAGAAGUGUCCUUCCGAAACCCUCUGAAAGUUCCGCUUCUUUUGACUGACCUUUCAUUGCUGUGGAAGUUUCAACCUAAAGACUUCAGUGCAAAGCAUGAUGGAGAAACAAAAGAGCAGGGUACGUGUGAUGAAGAUAUGGUAGGAACUGAAGCAAUAGCAGAAUUUUUAAUUAAUAGUGAGGAGACAAAAGUGGCAAGACUAAAGCUCUUUCCCCAUCAAACAGGGGAGCUACAUAUUCUGGGAGUCGUUUAUAAUCUUGGCAGUGUUCAAGGUGCUGUGUCAUUAGAUGGGAUAGAUCCUUCUAUUGGAUUACAGACAGGAAAGUUUGUUUCCAAUGGGUUAUCUGUACGAGGAAGACAAGAUUUAGAAAUCCAAGGACCUCGACUUAAUAACACAAAAGAGGAAAAAACAUCAAUUAAAUAUGGACCUGAUCGACGUUUAGAUCCCAUUAUUACAGAAGAAAUGCCUUUGUUAGAGGUGUUCUUUAUAAAUUUUCCUACUGGGCUUCUCUGUGGAGAAAUCAGAAAAGCGUAUGUAGAAUUUGUGAACGUAAGCAAGUGUCCUCUUACUGCACUGAAGGUCGUGUCCAAGCAUCCAGAAUUUUUCACUUUUGGUGGAAAUACUGCUGCUUUAACACCACUAAGUCCUUCAGCCUCAGAGAACUGUAGUGCUUACAAGACUGUUGUGACAGACCCUACCUCUGUGCGAACAGCACUGCUGUCUUCAGCUUCUUCUGCAGACUUUGGGCUUGGCACGGGAGGUUCACCUGAAGUAAUACAGGUUCCGCUUCCUGAUGCUGUUCUUCUUCCUGGGGCUUCAGUGCAGCUGCCAAUGUGGUUACGGGGACCAGAUGAAGAAGGUGUUCAUGAAAUUAACUUCUUGUUUUACUAUGAAAGUAUUAAAAAGCACUCAAAAAUGUGUCACAGAGUAUUAAGGCACACUGCAGUUAUUUGUACCAGUCGGUCUCUGCACAUUCGGGCUACUGUCUGCAGGAGUAAUGCACUUGGGGAUGAAGAAGGCAGAGGGGACAACAUGUUGCUCUUUGUGGAUGUAGAAAAUAUCAAUACUAGUGAGACGGGUGUUAAGGAAUUUCAUAUAGUGCAAGUUUCAAGCAAUAGCAAGCACUGGAAGCUUCAAAAAUCUGUUAACAUCUCUGGAGACAAAGAUACUAAACUGGCUAGCAGAGAGCGAGCGAAGUUGUGUUUUAAAGCAGUGAGAUGCAAAAACUCAGAAGAAAAUUACACAUUUGCGGAUAUUGUCUUUGGAAAUGAACAGAUAAUAAGUUCAGCCAGUCCUUGUGCAGACUUUUUUUUCCAAAGCUUAUCCUCUGAAUUUAAAAGAACACAUGUGCAAUCUCAUACUCAUGCAUCUCAAAGGGCAGUGAAACAAUCGUUUGAUGAAACAGUGAGAUUGAUACAAAAAUGCAGUGAAGUUGAUUUGAACAUUGUGGUACUGUGGAAGGCAUAUGUUGUGGAAGACAGCAAGCAGCUUAUUUUGGAGGGCCAGCAUCAUGUUACCCUUAACACUGUUGGGAAGGAGGCCUUUUCAUUUCCUCAGAAGCAGGGUUUUAAAAAAAUACUCGGGAAUUCUGAUUGGGAGGACUUGGAACAGGAUCUACCAGAAACAGUUCUCUUAAAGUUCUUUCGACCAGAAAACACGCAAGUACCUGCAAGACCAACACCGGAGCAGCUUUCUAAUCUUAAGACAAGUCUUCAUUAUCCAGAAUCUUUUAAUCAUUCUUUUCAUCAAAAAAGCCUCUGUCUGGUACCUGUCACUCUCCUACUUUCCAAUUGUUCCCAGGCUGUUGUAGAUGUGAUGAUUGAUUUGCGGCAUAAACCAACAAGCUCCGAAGCACUAGAAAUACACGGAUCUUUUACAUGGCUUGGGCAAACACAGUACAAGCUUCAGCUUAAGGGCCAGGAGGUCUAUAGCUUGCAGCUCAAAGCUUGCUUUGUUCAUACAGGUGUCUAUAACCUUGGAACCCCCAGAGUAUUUGCCAAGCUCGUGGACCAAGCUACUUUGUUUGAAACAAGUCAGCAGAACUCCAUGCCUGCACUGAUCAUUAUCAAUAAUAUCUGACCACUUCCUGAAAAAGAGAGCACUAAAAGAAAAAAUAAAUGGGAUUCUUUUCUUACAUUGCUGGUUGACAUUUUGCUGCAGUUUUUUUGGAAUAGCACCUCAAACAUCUAACUUGUUACUAAAGAUCGUGUAGAAAAGAAAAUAGCAAAAUAUUCAGAUGACUUGUCAGUUUGUUUCUCGAUGCAAUGCACGUUGGACUGAACAUACGUUUAUCCUUUUAUAAUGUAUUUCUUCUCUGGUAAUUAAGAUACUCAUAACAUAAAAUACUCUAACUGAAGAUCUGAACAUACUUGUAUGUCCAAUGCCCUGUCAAAAAUGCAGCUUGACUGCUGUUACAACUUCCAGCAUGGUGUAUUUAAUAUUUGUGGCUGUAUUAGGAUAUGAUUCAGGAAGAAAACCUCAUUGGCUUUUUCCUGUCUGAAGCCAUUAGUCAUGGUAAAUCCCAACCUUACUGUGAAGUUCAAUAAGGUCUCUCAAUUCCAUUUCUGAUUCUCAGUUCUUUAGUUUAAGAUUUUGGUUUCAUAUUUAUAGAAACUGGUGACGUUUCAAGGUUUACAUAAAAGUCCACCUAGGGUGUUUAAAAAAAAUUUGAACCAGUUUGAGUAUUUUCUCAUUCAUCUCAAAACAGAAUGCACUAUUUCACAACCAUGAGAUUGUCAUUUAAAUUGUCACUUACUUUAUUAUGUAACUAUAACAACUGAUCUGUUUAAAAAAAAUCUACUCAAGAUUUUCAAGAAAUGUAUUAUAUUUAUAACAAAUGUACUGUAAAUAGAAUAAAGCAUACACCAUAUUCACUGUA